AUGUUCGUGAAGGAGGUGAUUGCCAUCAAAGAUCAUAUCAUCGGUGCUGAAGGAUGGGUAAAUCCAGCACACAGAAGGAGGUGGAUAGGAAUGGGCACUGUAGUUCUCCUGCGAUCUGGUCUGCAACACCUCGAGAACAUCGAGAAGAAACUUGUGGAGAAAUUGGAAGAGAUCGGACCACAAAACGUUGCAGAAGUGGUGUUUACCGUAGGAAGGUCUACACAAGGGCUCUAUCUUCGUAUAGAAUUUCUUCAACCUAAUUCUCAAAUAAGCGAUUCCUCUAAGGUUGAAACAACCAAAACAAGGGAGAUUGGUGUCUCGUGCGUCGGAGAAUACGCGGAAGUGGAUUUGAUUCCAAUUACAUUGGAAAUUUCAUUUAAAGCACAAGGCGACAAGUGCGAUGCCAGUGUACAGACAGGAACACCGCUACAAUUUUAA